AAAUCUGUCAUGAUUCAAGUCUGCACCGGUAAGACACCAAUCAAACUUCGCAAUAGAGCCUGUUAUGAUUUGUGUUUAUGUCAUGGCAUCAUGAUACUUUUGACACAUACACAAAAAGUUAAUUUGGAGAGUCUAAUAAAUGACCAGGUUGUGGCAAGCUCUCGCCUUCACAGGGUGGGCCAAUGCUUGCUAGCGCAAAGGCUUAGCUAGCUAUCUACAACGUCGGAGAGUACUCGAUUGAAUGGUGUCGGGCUAGUUGGUCAGACAAAGGACUGUUGGUACGGCACAUAAACUGUAGGAACCAAUGAAUACAAAACACAGAUAUGUACUUUGAAAACAUGGACACAGUAGCUACAAGUUUGUGACGGGUGUUGUGUGUGUGUAUUGCUAAGUAUGCUAGCUAUUAAUAAAGCAGGUUUGUCAAUAGAGGAUAGCGAACGGUUGACGUUCCAGUUGUUUGCAGUGCUAACGUUACCUGGAAGAACCCCGUUUUUGCUAACUAGUUAGCUAUGCUAGAGGGCUUAACAGUAAACUUUGCAGAGCCAAACUCCACGAAGGUAUUUCGUUGCUUCAUUGGUAAACGAUGAUAAAAAGUAGCAGUUAAUGGAAACCCACCGGAUUUGUUACACCGCUGUUUUUUUUUUUUUUUGCCUGAGCAAUUCGUACAUUGAUGGUACAGAAUAUCAGCUGUGGACAUCGUACUAAAACUUUGUUAUUGUAUUUGUCUUUAACAUGUCCUAAAUGGUAUAUGUGUAACGAUCCCGCUGCAUAUUUCCAUAACCGAUUUUGCCUUUAUGUUUAUGUAUUUUACAGGUUAUGAGAAGCGUAGUUGAUGUCAAUGGUCGGCUCCUAAUUUGACAGAAAUAUGAUCCGGAUAGCUGCUCUCAAUGCAGCCUCCAUAGCUGCAGAUGAGCAUGAGGAUGCCCAGAAAACCACUAAAAGCCAGACCAAGGAGGCACAGGAAGCUGAGGCCUUUGCUCUGUAUCACAAAGCCUUGGACCUACAAAAGCAUGACAAAUCUGAAGAGUCCGCCAAGGCGUACCAUGAACUCCUUAGGACCCCACUGCUCAAGGAGGCACAGACCUCGGAGGAUGAGAAGGUGGGUCUGAAGCACCCAGGGCUAAUGCUGAAGUACUCCACCUACAAAAACCUGGCCAGCCUGGCUGUGCAGAGGGACGACCUGGGGACGGCCAUGGACUUUUACCUUGAGGCUGUGAUGCUGGACUCCACUGAUGUCAACAUGUGGUAUAAGAUCGGCCAGGUGGCCUUGCGUCUGGUGCGGAUCCCACUGGCCCGCCAUGCCUUUGAAGAGGGGCUGCACUGUAACCCUGACCACUGGCCUUGCCUGGACAACCUCAUCACUGUGCUCUACACAAUCAGCGACUACAGCUCCUGCCUGUACCACAUCUGCAAAGCCCUGGAGAAGGAUCACUGCUACACCAAGGCCUUAGUGCUGAAGGAGAAGAUCUUUCAGGAGCAGCCUUGUCUGAAAAGGGACUCGAUGCAGAUGUUCUCCAAAUGCCACGUGUCGGUGCAUUAUGUGGAGGUGGACGAGGAGGAGGCGCAGGGUGUCGUGCAGGAGGCCCUGGAGCUGAGGAAGCGCAGGCAGGCUCUGAACGUACACGAGCCCAAGCCUGACCUGCUCCUGGUGCAACCCAUCAAAUACUUCACGUGGAUGAGUGUCGGAGAGAGUUUGGUGGCCAUGUACCAACACCAGACCACGUGUGACCCACCCCGUCCGAGUCUUGGACGCCGGAUCAACCUGUCGGAGUACCAGGACCUAGAGCGCUGCCUCCAGCGCACACCGCCUCCUUGCCAGCCCCCCGCACAGCCCCCCACCCCGGUCAGUGAGCCGCAGGCCCUGUCCCAGCCUGGCAGCUGCAGCCCCAGCCCCACCUCCUCCCAGCCCGCCAUGGCUGAACAGCUGGUUGCCCCGGGACCAGCUGCCCAGGGAGAGGCAGUAGCACCUGCGGCCCAGGGAGAGGCACCAGUGCAGACACAGACACAAACUGAGACACAGACACAGACACAAACUGAGACACAGACACAGACACAAACUGAGGCACAGACACAGGAACAGACACAGGAACAGACAGAGCCUCCUCAGCCCACCCAUCCUGCCCUCAUCCCCCAGAGCCAGAACACGGUGGAGGUCAACACCACUGCUCCCACAGGUGCCGAUCCCGUGAUGGGAGAUAAAGUAAAGAAAGCCCCCAAAAGGAAACGGGUUGUAGAGGACAGCGGAGAGACUGCCAAGCGACGAUCAGCUCGAGUUCGAAACACCAAAUGCAAAAAGGAAGAAAAGAUAGACUUUCAGGAGCUGUUACUUAAAUUCCUCCCAUCAAGUCUGAAGAAAUUUGAUCUGGAGGACGAUGACGAGAGUCUGAGUAACAUGGAUGCCCAGUGUGAUGCCAAAACAACCACAGAGCCUGGUGCCCGAGGAGCCCCCACUGAAUACAUUGGCUCCAUGGAACAGGAGCGCCAGGACGUCCACAACUUCCUGCUCAACAACAUGAGCAACGGCGGGAUCCUGGAGCUGAUGAUGCGCUACCUGAAGGCGGUGGGCCAGAGGUUCCUGCAGCAGUGGCCCCUGGGCCUGAGCGGAGUGGUGCUGGACGUCUACCACUGCUGGAGGAAGCACAGCACCGGCCUGCCCAACCCACUGCACAGGGACAGCAGCGACCAGCACCUCAGGGAGAUGAUGAUUAUGAGCUUGGCGUGUAUGGAGCUACAGUUGGAGAAGUGGUCCCAGGCCAAGGGAAAGCUGGUGUCCCCAAGGAAGCUCGUCCUGGGCCAGUCCACUGAGGAGGGUGAGCUGGACUUCCCCGGGCCUCACCACCAGUCGGACCUGCUGCACAUGGCCCUGGCCUCCUCCCAGAGGGACCUGUUUGGGGACGAGUGGUGGGGUUACGUGGUGCGGAUCUACUGGUACAAGGCCCGCUUCCUCACGCUCCAGGGCGAGAUGGACGAUGCCUUGGACAGCUAUGAUGUCUGCACUGGCAUUCUGAAGAGCAAGUGCCAGGGCGGUGGCGAGGGAGACCUUUCCAUCAUCCUGCCCAACCUGCGAGUGGACACCACCAUCUCGCUCGAGGAGAUUGAUAAGAAGCUGAAGAGCCUGGAGCGCUGCCAGUCUCUGGAGGAGAUCCAGCGGCUGUACGAGUCCGGCGACUACCCGGCGGUGGUGCGUCUGCUGCAGCCCACGCUGAGCUGCGGGCCGGGUGCGGGCCGCGUCCGGCCCCUGGAGCUCAUCAGCUCCGCCCCGGAGAGGCCCACCCAGCUGCUGCUGCUGCAGAAUUCCCUGCUGAAGCAGAAGGACUACAGGCACUGUCUGGAAUGUUCCGAGGUGGCGCUGAACGAGGCCGUGCAGCAGCUCAACGACGUGCUGCCCAACUGCCACUCCGCCAAGGAGGAGUGGGUGGGCACCAUCACCAAGCUGCUGGGGGGCAUCGACGGCUGCCUGUCGGAGGACACCCAGCUCCUAAGCAACGUGCCCCGCUCCACCAACAUGGCCCGUAUGGCCAACAACCUCAUCCAGCUGAUCGACUGCAGCAUGGCGUUACCUGACGAUCCCAAGGAGCCUCACUUCUUCUCUGUGCUGCCCUGGAUCCUGCUGCACCACAUCAUCAAGCACGAGGAGGCGUCCUUCGGCUGCAUGGUGCACCGACGCAUGUCUGUGGGGGGGGACGAGGAGGUGGCGGACACUCCCAAGCUGCCCUCCUCGCUGAUGCUGCUCAACACGGCCCAUGAGUACCUGGGCCGCCGCUCCUGGUGCUGCAACUCCGACGGAGCUCUGCUCAAGUUCUAUGUGCGUGUCCUGGAGAAAGAGGUCAUGACCUCCAGGGCGGCUGAUGACGCCCACCCCUAUAAGGAGGAGCUGGAGAUGGCCCUGGAGCAGUGCUUCUACUGCCUGUAUACCUACCCCAGCAAGAAGAGCAAGCCUCGCUACCUGGAGGAGCAUUCACCACCACAGGUAGAGCUGCUGUGGAGCAAUGCCCUGUUCAUGUUCGACUACUUCAAGCCCAAGACGCUGCCCGAGUUUGACAGCUACAAAACCAGCACGGUGUCUGCCGACCUGGCCAACCUGCUGAGGCGCCUAUCGGGCAUCGAGCCGCUCAGCAACGUGCCAACCCUGACCAUGGACGACGUCUCCGACUACAUUGAUGGUGGUGGCACCAAGGUACCUGCCCUUCCGGAGGGAUCUCCUCCAGCGCCCCCUCUGGUGAAUGAGAUGUACUACCUCCUGGCAGAUUAUCAUUUCAAGAACAAGGAGCAGUCCAAAGCCAUCAAGUUUUACAUGCGCGACAUCUGUGUGUGUCCUAACCGGUUCGACUCAUGGGCGGGCAUGGCCUUGGCGCGGGCGAGCCGGAUCCAGGAUAAGCUGAACUCCAACGAGCUGAAGAGCGACGGCCCCAUCUGGAAGCACUCUCUGGCCGUGCUCACCUGCUUCAAGCGGGCACUGGAGAUCGACGCGUCCAACCUGUCGCUGUGGAUCGAGUACGGCACCAUGUCCUACGCGCUGCACUCGUUCGCCUCGCGCCAGCUCAAGCAGUGGAAGAGCGAGCUGCCCCCAGACUUGGUCAAACAGAUGGCGGAGAGGAGGGACACCAUGCUGGAGACGGCCGCCAAGUGUUUCCAGGGCGCCUCCAGCUGCGAGGGCGACAGCGACGAGGAGGAGUGGCUCAUCCACUACAUGCUGGGCAAGAUCGCGGAGAAGCGCAGGCUGCCCCCGAAGGACUAUCUCCUGCUGUACAAACAGUCGGCCCACUACCUGCAUGAGGAGGCUGCACGGUAUCCCCGGAAGAUCCACUACCACAACCCUCCUGACCUGGCCAUGGAGGCUCUGGAGCUGUACUUCCGCCUCAGUGCCACCAUCCUGAAGCUGCUGGAGGAGGAGAAGGCCAAGGAGGGGCAGCAGCAGCAGCAGCAGGAGGAGGAGCUGAACCACGAGCUGUUCUUCAGCGUGCUGGCGGAAGCCGCCGUGGGGCCGUUUGCCCGAGGGGAAGAGAAGAGCAUGCCCAAACCUAGCGAGAAGGAGAAGACGCUGAAUGACGAGGACUCCCGCUCCUCCUUCACGGGCAACGGCCCGGCGACGUCAUCGGCGGCGGCGGCAGUGGUGACGACGACCGCCACCAUCACCACCACCACCACCUCUCUCCCGUCCAGCGCGCAAGGUCUGACCUCACCGCCGUACACGGCCACUCCGGUGGAUCACGAUUACGCCAAACGUAAAAACCAGAGGCAGAGGCAGGAGCAGCGGCAGCAGCGGCAGCAGCAGGGAGAUGCGCUCCAGUCUCACGGCCAUGAUUACUGCCUCAUCAUGUCUUCGUUACAGAUGACGCCCGUCAAUGACCACAGUCAGGACAGUGUGACACAGCUGCUGUCAGACUCCAACUCCCUCCAGGAUGUCUUCCUGGACCCCACCAGCUCCCAGGAUAGCAGUCACAAGGUGGAUUCUGGGAAAUGUAGUAUGUUCUCUGACGACACAAACACUCAAAUGAAGGAAGGACCAGCCCUGGUUGAGGAUCCAGGUUCCCUUCAGGAGAAGCCCAUUGAGGUCCGGCCUACCUUACCAUCCCAGGACGACACCUCCACACAGGAGUCCUCAGACACCUUGUCUGUCACCUCGCCCGAGACCUUUGGCCCCAAACCUCCCUCCGAGCCCUUCACCCAAGCCCCCUCAACCCCCACCACCACAGUCACCCCAAACUUGAUCAAUGCCUUCAAUCAGAAGCACAUACAGACCACCCCGCCCACCCCAACCAGCGAGAGCAAGCGCAAGCUCGAGCCACCGCUGCCGCAGGAGCUUCCAGAGGUGCCCAAGAGCCUGCCGCCGGGCCGGGCAGAGCAGCACCACCUGCUGGUGGAGAUGUGCAUCCGCGCUCUCUUCCUCUGCCUUAGCCGCUUCCCGCAGCACUACAAGAGCCUCUACCGACUGGCCUACCUCUACGCCAAUAGCAAGACGCAUCGGAACUUGCGGUGGGCACGAGAUGUGUUGCUAGGAAGCAGUGUCCCAUGGCAACAGCUGAAGCACAUGCCUGCACAAGGACUUUUCUGCGAGAGGAACAAGACCAAUCUGUUCAACGGCAUCUGGCGUAUUCCAGUGGAUGAGAUUGAUCGGCCCGGCAGUUUUGCGUCUCAUAUGAACCGCUCCAUCGUGCUCUUGCUGGUGGUGCUGUCUAAGCUCCGAGACCACGACACGUUGCUUAAAGUCUCGUUCAUGCUGCAGAGAACCCCUGACCAGGGAAAGAAAUACUUGCGUGAUGUGGACCGGCAGGUUUUGGCGAAGCGAGCGUUUUUCCUCACUGUGAAAGUGCUUGAGGACAAUCUGAACAAACUCACUGGGGUAUCGGAGCCGCCUCCCAAAGUCUCUGUCCUUUCCAUGGGGGAGAUGACGACGGCUGACCCGACCAGCAGGCCCUCUGCUGAGGACGCCAAGCACACCCAGCCGCCACGCAAGCCCGCCCUUACCGAGGCCCCUGCGUCAUCCACGUCAGCCGAGGCGGCACCCAGAGAUGACUCCCUGAUGCAGCAGCAGGCGCCCGCGACGCCCUCCGCUGAUGCGCUGACCAAUCCCCAGGGCAGGGUGGAGGGCGCGCAGGCCGAGAGUGCCAAGGCGGGCCCGGAGGAACCCAUGGAGUUGGGCCUGGGCCACUGUUUAGGCGCCGCCACGGCAAAGACCGCAGAUUCUCAGAGCGGGAGUACCUCGGCUGAGAAGGAGGCCUUGCGGACGGGCCCGGAACUCUCAGGGAAGGUUCCAGAGAGCAGCCACAAUGCCGAGCUGUCACUCGAGGAGCUGAGCAUCAGUUCCAAGCAGCAGCAGCUGCAGAGCCAAAGCCUGGCGGCCAAGGGGCUGACGUCGGGGUCAGUGCCCACGUCUGCCCACAGCGUCUCGGAGCGCCGGCCUCGAAAGAGAAAACUCUUGGAUGACGUGGAGUCGGGCAAGACCCUCCUGCUGGACGCGUACAGGGUGUGGCAGCAAGGUCAGAAGGUCAUGACCUACGACCUGGGCCGCAUUGAGAAGAUUAUGUCAGAGACCUACAUGCUCAUUAAGCAGGUGGAUGAAGAUGUGGCUCUGGACCAGGCUGUGAAGUUCUGCCAGAUCCAGAUGGCUGCCUCAGCACAGAGACAGACUUCUGGUGAGGCCCCAGUCACUCCCAAAUACAGCAAGGAACAGCGUGACAUCUUCUUCCCCAGCACCUUCUCCGCCUCCUGCCUCGGCGGGUCCCACCACGGCCCCCAGACGCCCACCGCCGGGCUGCCCGGCUACGACAGCCAGCCUCUGGAAGCCAGGCAGGGCAAGGCACCACGGCUGAUCCACUCCCACUCACACUCCCACUCACACCCUUCCACGCCCACGCACGGCCCGGCACUGCCGUUCUACUCCCCGCCCCCUGCCAGCCAGGACCAGCAGCAGCAGCAGCAGCAGCAGCAGCCCAGGAAGCCUGCGGCCAACCUACCGGCGGCAAACAUGGCCGCCAACUUCCACCCCCACACAGCAGAGGACAGAGAGGAGUGUGGGCAGGAGGGCCUGGCCUACAGGCAGCAGGAGUCGCACCUGUGCCAGCAGAUGAAGAUGGCCUCCGUGUCGAAGGCGCAGGAAGCGGCCACUUGGAGCAGCGACGAGCCACCCACCUGCAGCGCCUCACAGGCCAGCACAGAAGAUGUGUAUGUGUCCGCUGAGCAGCCCCAGCAGACGGACCCGAGCCGCGUCCGCUCCCGGAUCCCCCCCAAUAUGCCAAAGCUCUUCAUCCCCUCCAUCGUCACCAAGUUCCCCCCAGAGAUCACCGUCACGCCCCCCACCCCCACGAUGCUCUCGCCCAAGGGCAGCAUCUCCGAGGAGACCAAGCAGAGGCUCAAGAAUGUGAUUCUGGCCUCCCAGUCUGCGGCUAAUGUGAAGAAGGACACUCUGGCCCAGCCGGCGCUCGAGGUGCAGGAGACGUCCAGCCAGGAGUCGUCUCUGGAGAGCGACACGGACGAGGAGGACGACUACAUGGACAUCUGAGACGGACGGAUGAGCGGGUGUGGACACAUUGACACAUGGACAAAUGGACAGAUGUUCUUCUCUCUUCCCUCUCACCAGCCUGUACUCACAGUCCUGACUGGCUGAUAUUCAGAACCAAAAAAAACAAACACUUUCUUUCUGUGUGUGUGUCUCUCUCACACACACACACACACACAUACACACACACAUUCAUACUUUUACUUUGUUUCUUGUCUCUGUUCCUCUCACUCGUUCCCACAGCAUUACUAUUUGUCAUUUAUCUUACUCUCACUCCUCUCCACUCUGGUCUCUCACUUCUUUCUGUAACCCCCCACUCCCCACCCCCCCUCUCUCUCUCUGAUGACUCCUGUCUUCAGCAGUGUGUUGAGGAGAAGGAACGGUCCUUUUGAACAGCAGCUACUCAUAAGUCUUGUAUGGGUGGUGUUGAUCCAUCUCAGUCCCAGACCGCAGGUGGUCCUGGGGGGCAGAUCCGGCCCUGGUCUGGCUCCGACUCGUGCCCAACCCCGUCUCCUUUGGUUGCCGUCUGUGCUGUAACUCUCAGCUGUGCAUGUUCUCUCUAGCACAAGGGCUUCUCUCUGCCAGUUUCGCAUCUUGGCACGGCUACAGUCUUGUUCAGCGCUGACGCUCUGUGAUUUAUUAUUGUCACUAUUGUUAUCGUUGCCGUGGUUAUAACUAUUACUAUGAUUAUUUUUUUAACUAUCCAGCAAAAAAAGUGCCAUUUCACACUUGCCCCACCGCAACUCAGUGAAAUCAGGUGUUAGUUCUGAGGCUAAUCAGAAGAACUGUCCCAGCGGAUUAUUCGGGGUGUUUCUGAAACCUAUGCAGACGCAUGCUCGCCCCCCCCCCCCCCCCCCCGCUCCUAUGCUCCCUGAUCAGGUCACACCGAGGAGUUAACAUGGUUUGGGCCGAACACAUCAGCUCUGUACUGCUGAGAGGGCAACUCAAGUGCAGGCCCCUGCUGUGUGGGUGUGGUUGGGUCUGUUUCCGCACGCAGGGGCCAGCGAGGUGCGGUUUUUAGGCAGCUUGACCUUUCUCGACCUUGACCCAUCACACCAUAUCCAGGGUGCACCCGCGACAGAACGUGUUCCCAGGCUACAUAUCAUUCCUGCUCGCUCUCUCGCGUCCCCUCGCCUCCCAGCACGUCAAGAGAGGACCCCUUCGAGGGACCCUGUUGUUCAGCAGUGAGGGCCCUCUAAAAGCAUGACCAGAGGGCCUCACCCUUCUGCAGAUAAUAUCGGUUUACGUGGACAUUUAUAUUUCUACGGUUAUCUACCUGUGUUUUUAUUUAUGUAUUUUCUUUUUUUUCUCGCAAUGGUCUCCUCAGUCUUGCUCUGUAACUGCCCUGAUCAUUUUUUGUUUUUGUUUUUGUUUUUGAAGUUGUUAAAAUAAUGGGGUGCUGUCGCGGUGUAUGGUAGCUGCAUGUGGGUGUUGUCAUAUCAUGCAGAGUCCCAGGAUGGAGACACCACCACCAGCAGCGGCCCACAGCGGCAGUAAGGGCAGCAUUGUCACCAUGGCAAUGGUCACCAUGGACUCGAGAGCAUAAGAGCAUCCCACUUUGAAACUCCGGGGAGCAGACACUUUAGUACAUAUCAUCAUGGAACCAUCUCAAUCGUGGCUAGUAGGUUCUUAAGCUCCGUGUGGAAGAUGAGCAAGAGGGGAACUAAAUGAAGCAAACAAAUGCCCAACGGAUCUAUUUUGGAGAAUAUGAAUACACAACACGGACUAAACAAGCGUGAAGACAGCUGAAUGUUUUUUUUACAGAUUGUUUUCUAUGAGAAGAUGGUUAUUAAUGGUAUUUUUCUGAAACACUGUCUAAGUAUACUUUUUUUUUUUAAAGAAAUAAUGACUUUGUAAAACAGUUGUCAUCCAAAAAAAUUAUAAUAAAAAAAAAAGAUGUCAGCCAAUCAUUUCUGCCUAACAUGAAUGUUUGUAUUUUUAAUUUUUUUCCUCUUCCAAUGUAAGAUAUUGUUUUGUAUUCCGCUGCUGCGCUUCUCAAAGAAACUUACCAUGGCUGAGAUCUGUGGGAUUCAGGCUUCUUGUAUUGCUCUUGUUACUAUGGAGAUGGGUUCAGGGCUGGUGGGAUUGGGUGUUCUAUUCAGAUUUUUGACUUGCUGCAUUAAAGUUGUCACAACCAAAAAUACACUUGAUAUACUUCUA